UCCCUAUUCAGGUCCCGUUGCCUAUCUGCGGACUACUUGGAAGUUUUUCUGCCCUCUCGAGUCUGUUCGCAUUGCCAUAGUGGAGUAUCCUGCGAGCAUUUACGCGAGGACCAUGGUAGUCUGGCAGAUAGGCAAACAGAACCGAGUCAACAUGGAGGGGUUGCGAUUUCCAAAGAGCUAGAAGUCGUCAACUUUUCUGCCCAUGGCGCCGGAGUCCGUUGUUGAAACCCUGGCUCAACAUAUCCCCAUUGGACCGCUUGAAACGUAUUUCCCAGCUUGUCAUCGUGUAAGGCAAUCUAUGCCUGCCUUCUUACCCUUGCCUUGUGGAUUUGGUAUAUCCAGGUCAAGCUGCAAGCAUACCUGCAGGCACUGCCGUGAAGAACCGAGUCAGACGUAUACCUCUCUCCCUUGUCCCUGGACUAUCUUCGUCUUAACGCUGUUGUCUGCAGUCUGUAAGCUGACGCCCCUCCAGAAGUCUGCAGCGGAAAUAUGUAACCCCUUCUCGGUUUUCAUCUGUUUUCAUUUGACCAUUGUUUUGGAAUCAGGGCUGCCUGCCACAUGUCAUAUUCAUGUCUGGACUUACAAGGGAGGGACAAUAAAAGGUGUGGCGUACGGAUACGGAUAUGGGUAUCUACUCGGCCCGCUUAGCCUUGGAUGAAGAGCCACGCCCCGAAAACGCGUACAUCCAAAUCUUGUUAUGACGCCUGCGAGUCUCCGCAAGUGGAAUGAACGCGAGGGGGUGGUGGAGGGGGAGGAUGAUGCAAGAUAGCACCGCCUUGAAACCUUCAGCUUUUGGUGAUCGACCAUCGCGAUGUCGAAAUUGAGCAACUUUCAAGAUGCAUACUAUCC